GUCAAUCAUCACGCGAAGGCCGAAAAGGCGAAACUGUAUAGGGUAUUAGGGUUUGUUCAUUUGAGUUGUCUUUUCUUCUCUCCAGUCUCCAGCCUUCGCCGCGCCUUUCACAGUCACAGCUCCAGUGUUCCACGCCUCCACCGCGUUGGGUUAAAGAGAACUGAGAACAUGACAAAUCUAGAGAACAUGCCAACAUUGGGGUCUUCCCAUCAACAAUCUGUUUCAAGCUCUCCUACUGCAAUUUCAAUAUCUGGUGCUACACAGAGCAAUCCGAGUAAUCCUAUUGCUAUUGAUGAUGAUCAACAAGAGACUGCAGAAGGUGGCCUGUUUGAGACGAAGAAAAGGAAAAAAACAUCUGCAGUUUGGUUGGGGUUCAAGGAUGUAAUGGGGAAAGAUGGAGUGAAGAGAGCAGAGUGCAUUCAUUGCAAGGCAAGGCUGGUUAUUAGUGGAGGCACUACCACUCAUUUCAAGAGGCAUCUAGAUGGAUGUACAAGAAGGAAAGUAAAUUUGAAAUCACAGAAGAUGCUGAACUUGAUUCCAUCUCCAGUGAACAAGGAAGUAGGUAUUGUUUCUAAUUUUCAAUAUGAUCAAGGAAAAAUGAGAGAAUCAAUUGCACAUUUUAUUCUCAUGCAUGAGCAUCCUUUCACAAUUGUGGGGCAAGAGGGUUUUAAUUUAAUGAUGAAAACUAGCACCCCACAUUUUCAGGGCAUUAGUCGUGCUACUGCUAAAAAUGAUUGUAUGGCUGUGUAUGAGAUGAUGAAAAUUAAGUUGAAGGCAACGUUGAAGAAUGUGAACAAAAUUAGCUUGACUACUGAUCUUUGGAGAUCAAAUCAACAAAUAGAGUAUAUGGUGGUUACUGGGCAUUUUGUUGAUGUCGAUUGGAAAUUACAGAAGCGGGUUCUUAGUUUUGUGAAUGUGCCUCCUCCACGUGGAGGUGUUGAUAUUGCUGAUGCUCUGUUUAAAUGCAUGAAUGAGUGGAGGUCGGUUGAUAAUGCUUCUUAUAAUGAUGUUGCUAUUAGAACUUUGAAAACUACAUUAUCUAGAACUCAGAAGUUGUUGCUUGGAGGUCGGUUGUUCCAUGUUCGUUGUUGUGCACAUAUAUUAAAUCUUCUUGUGCAAGAUGGCCUUAGGGUUGUAGAAGAUAUCAUCCAUAAUGUUAGGGAGAGUGUUAAAUUUGUGAAACAAUCUGAUUCUCGGCUUCUCAAGUUUAGUGAGAUUGUUAAACAAUUGCAGUUGCCUUAUAGAAAGCUGAUUUUGGAUUGUCCCACACGUUGGAACUCCACAUUUGAGAUGUUAUCUAUUGCAUUGAAAUUCAAGGAUGCAUUCCCUCUUUUCAAAGAAAGGGAACCCCAAUACAAAUAUCUGCCAAGUUUUGAAGAUUGGGAUAUGACUGAAGACAUGCCUCAAGAGGUUGUGUUGCCUAUUUGA